GAGAGGGAGGGAGGAAGAAAGGGAGGGAGGCGGCGUCAUGUGAUCCGCUUCCCUGCUCCUUUAAGCGUCCACAGGCGGCGGAGCGGCCACAAUCACAGCUCCGGGCACUGGGGGAGCCCGAGCCGGCUGCGCCGGAGGAAUCCGUGCGGGCGCCUUCUGUCCGGGUCCCAUCCUUGCCGCGCUCCCGCACCCUAGAAGUUUUGCAGCGCCCAGCAAGGGGGCGAGGGAGGAGGGCGCAAGAGAAGGGAAGGGGCCAAAAAAAAAAAAAAAUCCAAAAAAAGCACACCCUAAAACAUUUAUUUCGAGGAGGAAAGAAAAAAAGGGGAGGGGGUCGCGAACAUGGCUGGGGCAAUUAUAGAGAACAUGAGCACCAAGAAGCUGUGCAUUGUCGGGGGGAUUCUGCUCGUGUUCCAAGUCAUCGCCUUUCUGGUGGGAGGCUUGAUUGCCCCAGGACCCACGACAGCAGUGUCCUAUCUAUCAGUGAAAUGUGUGGAUGUCCGGAAGAACCAUCACAAGACCAAGUGGUUAAUGCCUUGGGGACCUAAUCAGUGUGACAAGAUCCGUGACAUCGAGGAGGCAAUUCCAAGAGAAAUCGAAGCCAACGACAUUGUGUUUUCUGUCCACAUUCCUCUGCCAGCCAUGGAGAUGAGUCCUUGGUUCCAAUUCAUGCUGUUCAUCCUGCAACUGGACAUUGCCUUCAAGCUGAACAACCAAAUCAGGGAAAAUGCUGAAGUUUCCAUGGAUGUCUCCCUGGCUUACCGUGAUGAUAUGUUUGCUGAGUGGACUGAAAUGGCCCAUGAGAGAGUUCCCCGGAAACUCAAGUGCACCUUCACCUCCCCCAAGACGCCAGAGCACGAAGGCCGUUACUAUGAGUGUGAUGUGCUUCCUUUCAUGGAAAUUGGGUCUGUGGCUCAUAAAUACUACCUUCUAAACAUCCGGCUGCCUGUAAAUGAGAAGAAAAAAAUCAACGUUGGGAUUGGGGAGAUAAAGGAUAUUCGACUGGUGGGAAUCCACCAAAAUGGAGGCUUCACCAAGGUGUGGUUUGCCAUGAAGACCUUCCUCACGCCCAGCAUCUUCAUCAUUAUGGUUUGGUACUGGAGGAGGAUCACCAUGAUGUCCCGGCCCCCAGUGCUUCUGGAAAAGGUUAUCUUUGCCCUUGGGAUUUCCAUGACUUUUAUCAAUAUCCCAGUGGAAUGGUUUUCCAUCGGAUUUGACUGGACAUGGAUGCUGUUGUUUGGUGACAUCCGACAGGGCAUCUUCUAUGCCAUGCUUCUGUCCUUCUGGAUCAUCUUCUGUGGUGAGCACAUGAUGGAUCAACAUGAACGGAACCACAUUGCAGGGUACUGGAAACAAGUUGGACCCAUUGCCGUUGGCUCCUUCUGCCUUUUCAUCUUUGACAUGUGUGAGAGAGGGGUACAACUCACGAAUCCCUUCUACAGUAUCUGGACUACAGAUGUUGGAACAGAGCUGGCUAUGGCCUUCAUCAUCGUAGCUGGAAUCUGCCUCUGCCUCUACUUCCUGUUUCUGUGCUUCAUGGUGUUUCAGGUGUUUCGGAACAUCAGUGGGAAGCAGUCCAGUCUGCCAGCCAUGAGCAAAGUCCGGAGGCUGCACUACGAGGGACUCAUUUUCAGAUUCAAGUUCCUCAUGCUCAUCACCUUGGCCUGUGCUGCCAUGACCGUCAUUUUCUUCAUUGUUAGCCAGGUGACUGAAGGGCAUUGGAAGUGGGGCGGCGUCACCGUCCAAGUGAACAGUGCCUUUUUCACAGGCAUCUAUGGGAUGUGGAACCUGUAUGUCUUUGCGUUGAUGUUCCUGUAUGCACCUUCCCAUAAGAACUAUGGGGAUGACCAGUCCAAUGGCGACCUGGGCGUCCACAGUGGGGAAGAACUCCAGCUCACCACCACCAUCACUCAUGUGCACGGACCCACCGAGAUCUACAAGCUGACCCGCAAGGAGGCUCAGGAGUAGCAGGCAGCGGCGCCGGCUGGGCCUGCCUGGGGGCACCCAGCGCCUCACCUGAGAGCAGGGCGCAGGGCAGGAAGAGCUCUGUGGACAGCCCAGCAGCACUCAGGUCUCCUUUCUGUGCUUUUCUGGACCAGCGGUGGCCUGAACAUGGGUCAGCUUAGCCUCUGAAUGGAGCUUUUGGAGGAAGAUUCCUGUGCAGCCACUGAUACAUUGUGCAUACCAGAAGUUCUGAAACAACACCUUUUCUGUGUUCAUUGUUAACUAGUGACAUAGUAACAUCGGUAGCAGGCUAAAGAUAGCAAACCUCAUUUGUCUGGGGGUGUACUACUUGGGGAAUGGUUUGGGCCAAUGGGUCUAUAUCAAGUGGAAUUUUUUUUUCUGGUUUAGAUGCUAGAAUAGAUUUUAACAUUCUUUGAAGUCCAAUGUAGGCUGGUAUCUCUAACUCCAAGUCCACAACCACUCCUUUUUUUCCUAUUUAUAUCACCAAGUAGCCCGAGGAGUUAAUAUUUAAGUUGCUGGUCUGUGUCCCUAUUUUUUUUUAUGUUAUAACCUAGAAUAACUGAAUUUCAUGAAAAGGUCAAUUUCACAGGGGCAUUUCUGCUUUGAAACCAAAUCUGUAUAGCCAGUACUAACAGUCUGCUGAAUGUGGGUUUUAAGAAAUGUUUGCUGAACUACUAAAGUAGUUAUUAAAUGGCCUUUGGGCCUAAAAAAGCUUUUUA